AUGGCCCUGAGGGGUCCGAACGAACCCCAGGCCCGGCCUGAAGUCGGCGAGACUUUGAUAGUCAUCCAUGACUUUCAAGCCCGCAGUUCCGACGAACUAAGUCUGGCCAAAGGCGAUCGGGUCGAGUUGAUAGAGCGCGAUGAUGAGUUCGGCGAUGGUUGGUUCCUCGGCCGCCAUCUCGUCAAUGGCAACACGGGCCUCUUUCCCGAAGUGUACACACGACCGGCACCGAAACCCGCGCCUGCGUUCACGCACUCGAAACCCCUUGCUCCCGUCGCCGAGGCUCACAUCGAUCCCGGCCCCACCGGCGUUGCCAGAGCAUCCCCGAGACCGACUCAUAUAUCUGAACCAUCGCCAUCUCCCCCGGUCGGCAAGCCAGACGAUGCAGCACUUACAUUGCCGCUGAACUCCAUCAAAUCGGAAUCGACAAGCGCCAACAGCACCCCUCCACCCGUCGUCGGGCUCGGGAAGCUCAACAACCAAAGCCAGGACAGCCAAGUGUUGAACGACACUCUCAACGUCAUCAACGAGCACAUUACCGACCUGCGUUCGCCGGCGAGCAAUGGCGCUCUCCGUGCCCCGGCCACUGAUUCAGGUAGCGAAUACAGCGCCCCGCUCGAUGCGAGGAUGUCUUACAUCCAGGGCGAGGAGACGGAUGAAGAAGAAGACGGCGCUGCCCACACCCGCACCGAAGUCGAAGCCUGGUCCCCAGACGACGUGGCCGAGCAUCUGUUCACCGCCGGCGUCGAGAAGCACCACUGCGAAGUCUUUCGCGAUCAAGAGAUCUCGGGCGAGGUGCUUCUGGGGAUGGACCAGAGCUCUCUCUUCAUCAAGGCAUUCGACCUGGGCUCUGUUGGCAGGCGCCUGAAAACGUGGCAUAAGAUCAAAGCGCUGCAAGACGAAGUCAACAGCCACUCUACGCGGAGGACGACUUUAACAUACGGCAGCGAAGUGGGCUCAGAGGACGCAGCGCGCAUGAGGAGUCGCACCAGCACGCUCACCAACUCCAUCUCGGCUCGACCGAUGUCGGUGCAGACCCGCCGGCUAUCCUCAUCGCAGACGCCCAGGCCCAGCCCAACAACUUUCACCGCUCCAGUGUCGCCUCCUUCCGGCCACGACAGCCCAACACGUCCUGGUCACGCGAAGCGGCCGUCUGCCGCUUCUGUGAGGCAGCUUCACCAGUCUCGACGCCACUCUUCGAACGCCACCUCGAGCAUCGUGCCGGCUUUGAACACCAACGGAAGCAGCACCAGUGCUGACGGAGCGCAUAAGAAACAGCCGUCGUUUGACCGCAACUGGACCCUUGGCGGGGCCCUUUCUGCGCAGCCAUCGCCGCGGCCACUUUCGUCUGCCGGACUCCCGGACACGGUGACUAGUUCGAAUCCUGAGCUGUUGCAAGACUCGGCCGUCGAUCUGGAUCGGGGCUACUUUUCUGGAACCGAGGCAGAUGGUCGAAAGCGCAACGUCCUGAGGAAGCGUGACAGCGUGAGUCACUCGAGGAAGGGUAGCUAUACCGAAGAACAACGAGUGCGCAGCGCCACCGCACUCUCAAGACACUCAAGGUUUGGUAGCGCCGACUUUCAUGACGGGGCGCCCCCCUCGGCCGUUCAGAAAUAUUACGGUAUCCAGGCGCCGCAUCGAAGGACCGCGUCAACAAACACGGCCGAAUCCGUACGGCCCGUGCCCCCUGCCAAGGACGCGCCACCGCCUGCGGUCACCAAUCUCGACUCUGGCUCCGUCUCUGAACAACAAGCAGCACCUGUUCCCACGAAGCAGAAUAGUUUUGGGCCUGACUGGCUGUCUUCAAUGGUGCCCAAACCGAUGGCCAAACGACACGGCAUGCGUGCCAUAUCAGAGAAGCUCACCAACAGAUCCAAGGAGAUGGACACGUCAGAAACGUCGGCCAAGGAGUCAUCGCUGGACUCCCCUGCCCGGACGGGAUCGAGCACGCCCUCGGCAGGCCCCAGUUUUGACUUGGAAUCUCCCGGCACCGGCAAAGGCUCCAGCACCACGGCCACGCCGCCCAGCAUUGCCAGCAAGGCCAGCCGUAAGAAGGGCAAGAAGGGAACAAGCGCUUAUACCCGAGGUCUGCAGAACAUCUCGCCCACGGAGGCCAAAAAGGACGCCGACUAUUAUGGCUGGAUGAAGAAGAAGAGCUCAAAUCUCAUGACGACGUGGAAGCCCCGAUUCUUCGUUUUGAAGGGCCGCCGCCUGGCCUAUUACUAUUCCGAGGACGAUACGCAGGAGAAGGGGCUCAUCGAUAUUUCGUUCCAUCGAGUCCUUCCCGCUGACAACGAGAGACUGACGGGUCUUCACGCGACAAUUACCGGCGUAGGUGGCCCUGGCCUGUUACCCGUUGGUGGGGAAGGCGCUUCCGGCCUCGACAAAGGGGAUGACGCUACCUUCAUCUUCAAGCUGGUCCCGCCACGGGCCGGUCUUUCUCGAGCUGUCAACUUCACGAAGCCUACGGUGCACUACUUUGCCGUGCCGAACCUGCAACAAGGGCGUCUCUGGAUGGCGGCGUUGAUGAAGGCGACGAUUGACCGGGACGACACGCAGCCAAUCACCAGCACCUACCAGCAGAAGACCAUCUCUCUCGCAAAGGCCAAGCAGAUGCGCCACCGCCCUCCAGCUCUGAUGAACCUCGAGGAGGCGAACGAGGACGAGCGCGAGGCGCAAGACCCUGGGCCCGUUAAACUGAACGGCCUGGGGCUGCUUGGUGAGUCGGACAGCGGCGUCUCGGGGAUGGACAAGCUUGCCGCCAACAAGGUCGAUGGCGCCGCGUUGACUGCUGGUCCCGGGGAGGCAGACAGCCCUCUUCCACCGCAAAGUGCCUAG